AGGUUCCACUAGCUGGCGUACUGUGGUGAAUUGUUUUUUCCCGCUGGCGUGUGGAGUUCUUCGGUGCUCGAAAUUCGUCAGCAGACUUCGCAUAUUCGGCAGCGGAUAAAGGCAGACCGCAGCAGCAGCAGCAGCAGUUCGGACCCGGAGAUACCUCGACGCGGUUCGCCGUAUUCUGUAUCAAUUGAAACUUGUGGAAGGACAUCCACUGCAUCCUGCUGCCCGUCUGACCGUCGCGUCUAGGCGUUAGUUUGAAGCCAUCCGUGCCACCACACACACACACUCACAUAUACAAAAUGCAAGCAAUCAAGUGCGUCGUCGUUGGAGACGGUGCCGUCGGUAAGACGUGCCUGCUGAUCAGCUACACCACGAACGCCUUCCCGGGCGAGUACAUCCCGACGGUGUUCGAUAACUACUCCGCGAACGUGAUGGUCGACGGCAAACCGAUCAAUCUCGGGCUGUGGGACACGGCCGGACAGGAGGAUUACGAUCGGCUGCGGCCACUGUCCUACCCACAGACGGACGUCUUUCUCAUAUGCUUUUCGCUCGUCAAUCCGGCCUCGUUCGAGAACGUGCGGGCGAAGUGGUACCCGGAGGUGCGCCAUCACUGUCCCAACAUACCAAUCAUACUGGUCGGGACGAAGCUCGAUCUGCGGGACGACAAGAACACGGUCGACAAGCUGCGUGACAAGAAGCUGGCCCCGAUCACGUACCCGCAGGGGUUGGCCAUGGCGAAGGAGAUCGGGGCGGUUAAAUACCUCGAGUGUUCGGCACUGACGCAGAAGGGACUGAAGACGGUGUUCGACGAGGCGAUCCGGGCCGUCCUGUGUCCGAUGAUACCGCCGAAGAAGAAACCCAAGUGUAACAUCCUCUAAAGAUCGUGUUCGAUUUACUAUAUAUAUAUAUAAUUUUUUCUAUUACAAUCGCGCUUUUGCCUAGC